AUGUUCGUCCUCUUCGAGAUGAUCCACACGGUCAGGAUCCAGCCGACCAAGUUUGGCAUGCGAUUGGAUGACGCGGUAUUGGCAGAGCUCAACAGCAAAUUGGCCAACAAGGUCGUCCUUGACGUGGGCCUUGUGUUGUCGGUGUUGGAUAUUGCGGACUUGGGGGACUCGUAUGUGAUUCCUGGUGAUGCGGGAUCGCAUACCAAGACCAAAUUCCGCGCCAUUGUGUUUCGACCGUAUGUGGACGAGGUGGUUGUUGGCAGGAUUAAAUCCAGCGACCGAGAAGGCAUCAAUGGUGGGUAA